AUGGAUCCUGACCAGAGCCCCAAGUUUCCUCUGCAUGAGGCUGCCCGUGAGGGCAAGACUGAAAUUGCUGAAUCGCUGCUGAACGCAAAUCCGAAGGCUGCGCUUGUCAAAGAUGAUGAUGAUCGCCUUCCCAUCCAUUGGGCAACAGCGUACAACCGGUUUCCUAUUGUGGAACUGCUGGUUGCCAGCAAGAACUUCGAUCCCGAUGUUGAGGACGGGUCCGGAUGGACGCCACUCAUGAUUGCUGCCAGCCUCAAGGAUGCCGAAGGUGAUCAUAUCAUCGACUUGCUUCUGCGCAAAGGCGCCGAUGUCAGCAUAAAAAGCAAUUCUGGCCAGAAUGCUCUGCAUUUCGCAAGCUCCAAAUCCAACAUUUCUACAGUCCGAAGUUUGCUAGCGCAUAAAUGUAGCGCUCGGGUAAAAGACAUUCGUGGCCAACUCCCUCUGCACCGAGCAGCGGCGGUUGGUUCUGUCCCUAUUAUCAAGAUGCUCUUGGAGGAAGGCAAAAGCCCAGUUAACGCGACUGAUAAUGACGGACUGACGGCACUGCAUCAUGCUAUCUCGGAGGGUCAUGGUGAUGCUGCUAUUCUACUCUUAAAAUCGGGGGCAGAGGCAGAAAAACGUGAUGGUGACGGACGGCUGGCAAUCGAGCUGGUCCCUGAUGACAAGGUCAAGCAGUACAUUUUGCAGGCGGCCGAGAGAGAGGGAAUUGAGCUGCCAUGA